AUGGUACAUACGAUGCAGACCAUAUCUAAUAUCCAAUGGGGAUGUUUAUGGCAAGACUGGAACUUUUUUCCUGGAGAUGUCAUCACUGAAGUUGAUACGCAACACCUUGCUCAAAGAUUGAGUGAAUUUGGUGAGCAGGAGAUUGACGACUUAAUCCGCAGUCUUCGGAAUGCGUGCUACAAAUUCACGGAUCAGGUCAACACGUAUAAACAAAAAUACUAUGAGGGUGAAAUGCAGGCUGUGGAUAUCGUCACUCAGCUGCUAUCUAUAUACACGAAUGACGUUCUUGAACCGUUGACAAGAUGUUAUAGCGUGAUAAGGAACCGCAUAUACAUGGACAUUAAGCAUUUGGGUAACAAGCGUUUCCCACAGAUGAUCGCCGAUAUAUUGGAGUCUGGUUAUAGCGAUGAUAAUGUAACAGGAAGUGAUCGCCCCAAACCCACUGUUCAAUUUCGGGACGCUGCCGAAUUGUUGCAGCAAAGGGUGGAGUUGUUGCCCAAACACAAAUCUGAUGCAACAGAUCUGUCCACGCUUACCAGUCUAGAUGACAUUAUUGGCAAGAGUCUGAUGGAUCACCCUGGUUUAUCUGGUGAGCCGUUUUUUGCAUCAUUCACUAGCACUAAACUUUUGGACGUGAGUUCCACGCAACUCAAGCUCACAAGUACCGCUAUGGACCUCUACAAAAAAUGUUUCGAAGGGUAUAAAAAAGGCAUUUUCACUGUUGAGAAAUCCAAAAGUGCAAAGUCACUGGUGGUUCUCAAUAUACUGGUAACCCUGAUUAAGAAUCAUGAAAAGCAGUUUACAAAAGGUCGAAAUUUUCGAGGUUUCUUGGGCAUAUCCAAUCAGUAA